AUGGCAUCCUCUGGUUGGAUCCGUGUGGCUGCAGGGAUUCGUCUGGUGGCAUCAGCAGCAGCAAAGCAAGCAAGUCACGAAGCCACCAGUGUGGCCGCUCGAACGGCCCAACAUGGAGUGGACUUGGCAGCGAAUCUGAGGAAUGUAGGAGGAGUCAUGCAACAACAGCCAACAGCAACGACUCCCCAACCACCAAAUAAUAAUAAUGAAAGCCACAAUCCACCAACAGUCAAUGGCCACCAAGCAGCGAGUCUGAACCCAGAAUCAGAAUCAAAUAAUUCAGAUGAUGAUCCAAUGCUGGCUUCUACUACUGCCACUCAUCAUAAUGUACACUCAGAACAAGAACCACCAGCACCAAAACCACCACCGAUCAAUCCCUUGUUUCAUGCCCCCAAGGCAGAGUCAGUAACUCCUCUAGUAGAGCCAGAACCCCAAAUAGAAGACUCACCCGUGAAGAGUCCGCCUGAACCACCAGAGUCAAGAAUGACAAAUAAUCAAGAAAAUAAUGAUCCAGACGACAAUGAACCACCUCAUACGGACUAUCAACGACUACAAGAAGGAAAGGCAGUACCUUCCACCCGAGUGGGUCGAGCCAUGGGAUUUGCGUCCCUGGGGAUUGGACUGACCGUGGGAGCACUGGGAGAAGGAUUGGGACGUUUGACCGGUACUUCUUCUUCCGGCAGUAAUAUUGUCAUGAAUGACAGCAAUGCCGAUCGAUUGGCGGCAUCACUGUGUCGGAUGCGAGGAGCAGCUCUCAAAAUGGGACAAAUGCUCAGCAUUCAAGAUGAAUCGUUACUGCCGCCGGAAUUGACGCGAGCACUCAAACAAGUGCGACAAGGAGCCGAUGCCAUGCCCGACUAUCAACUCCAAGCCCAGCUAAAGGCGCAAUUGGGUGACAAACAACAAGAACCAAAGUUUGUCAGCUUUGACAAGUUGCCCUUUGCCGCUGCCAGUGUGGGACAAUGUCAUCGCGCCAAAAUAGUAAUUGAUGAUCAAAAUCAAAAUCAACAACCAAAAGACGUCGUGGUCAAGGUGCAAUAUCCCGGAGUGGGACAAUCCAUUGAAUCGGAUUUGAAAAAUCUCGCCAUGUUGGUACAAUGGACUGGAGCGGCACCCAAAGGGCUCUUUCUAGACAAUGUCAUUCGAGUUGGUACAGAAGAAUUGAAAGUGGAAUGCGAUUAUCUGCGGGAAGCAGCGGCGCAGGAGCGAAUGAAACAACUGGUGGAAGCCGAUCCCAUUCUCGUGCAAAACAGAUUUGUGGUCCCCGAGGUAUUUCAUCACUUGACCACGGAACAAGUCAUUACGACGGCCUUUUGCCCCGGUGGGACCAUUGACAAAGUAUCUCAUUUGGAUCAAAACGAACGCAAUCGUAUUGCCCGAACCAUACUCUAUUUGACCAUCCAGGAACUCUUUGUGUGGAGAUUCAUGCAAACAGAUCCCAACUGGGGCAACUUUCUGUACGAUGUGGGGACGCAAACCACUUCGCUGAUUGAUUUUGGGGCAACGCGCGAGUACAGUAAGGAGUUUGUUGAUGGGUAUCUACGGAUUGUGUGGGCGUCAUCCAAUAAAGAUGAAGACCGGCUCAUGGCGCAGUCCUACAAAAUGGGGUUUUUGACUGGAGAAGAGAACGAGAUCAUGUUGCACGCACACAAGCAGAGUGGUUAUACUGUUGGAGAACCCUUUCGUACUCACGAACCGUUUGAUUUUCGGGGCUCCCAGUUGAGCACUCGAAUGGGACAACACACGUCCGCCUUUAUGAAGCAUCGGCUCACGCCCCCACCGAAUGAAGUGUACACACUUCAUCGAAAACUAGCUGGUGCCUUUAUGCUAUGUAUCAAACUGGGUGCCGUGAUCCGUUGUCGUGACCUUUUGGAAAAUGUCAUUUCCAAUCAUGUUUUUGAGGACGGACUGGAUCCUCCAGCGCUACAGCAAGGCAUGCAGCCGACCAGCCAAUAG